UUUUUUUUUUUUUUUCUUUAAACAUCCCUUUACCACAAAAAAAAAAAUGACUCUCAGACUUGGCUCCACUGCACCCGAUUUCAAGGCCCAAACCACCAAGGGCGAUAUUCAAUUCCAUGAGUUUAUUGGUGAUAAAUGGACUGUUCUCUUUUCCCAUCCUGCCGAUUUCACCCCUGUGUGUACCACCGAACUUGGUCUUGUAGCUGCGCUUCAAGAUGAAUGGGAUGCACGUAACGUGAAUGUGAUUGGUCUCUCUGCUAAUCCUCUUGCUGACCACGAAAAAUGGAUUGCUGAUAUUAAUGAAAUCAGUAACGUUGAGCUUAACUUUCCCAUCAUUGCUGAUGAUGAUCGUGUUGUCUCUACACUCUAUGACAUGUUGGACCACCAAGAUGCUAGUAAUAUCGAUAGUAAAGGUAUUCCAUUUACUGUUCGUUCCGUCUUUAUCAUUGAUCCUAAAAAGACUAUCCGUUUAAUCUUGUCUUAUCCUGCAUCUACGGGUCGUAACUUUGAUGAAAUUUUGCGUGUGAUUGAUUCUUUGCAGUUGGGAGAUAAGCAUCGUAUUACCACACCUGGUAAUUGGAAGAAGGGUGAAGAUGUGAUUGUUCAUCCUUCUGUCUCUACCGAAGAAGCACAUACUCUCUUUCCCAAGGGUGUCAAGGUCAUUAAGCCUUAUUUGCGUUUAACCCCCUCUCCCUUUUAACAAUAUCCACUAUAAAAUAAAUCAGUGAUUUUGUAUUUUAAAAAUCGUUGUGAAUAAGCCCCGUGUGA